AGCUGGCUGGUUACCUUGGCCUUCACCCGCGCCGAAGGUUAGCGACAGGUGAGAGAGGAAGAAGCAUCAGGUAGUCACUGCGACAACAGGAGAAAGCGGUGUGGAGAGAGCUGGCAACUCUAUCAGCUGAUGGGAGGCGAGAGAGUAACCUGCCACCAGCAUUAGUCGUCUUCGUUACGUGGUUGCUUCGCUCAGCACGUGGUAGCCCUCUUGACACGUGGCUGACCAGAACUGAUUUUUGUGAGUGUCUCGUGAGUGAGGAACGUGGCAAAUCCCCUCUUCCCUCUACACCGGUGACGGACGCCCAGGACUCUGCAGCAACUAUGUGGGGAGGGGCGUGGGUCCUGUGCGUCGCCAUGGCGUGGCGCACGUGCCUAUCCUUAGCUGUAGAAGCUCCCGUCCCACCACCCAGCCUACCGCAGCAUCAGGGUCCCCGCGCCGCCCCGAAGCCCUACUCUCUAGCGUGGGUGUGGGAGGGACGAUCAGCAUCAGCGCCCCUGCAAUUCAGUGAAGAGGGAGACGAGGGUUCCAACAUCUUGAACCACGUCACCAACUACGGCAUGAACCAAACCAUUUAUCUCACCAGCAUCAUGGAGCCCAAGCUGUUCAGAGAGGGAUACACCUUGCGGCGAGGUCACCCAGGAGUGUACCUUGCUGCCUUCAACAAGCAGAAACAGAAGAGCAAAGACCUGGCCAGCUUUGGUUAUGCCUCCCUCAAGGCUUCUGAACUGCUCUCCAACCAAUUCCUCCUGACGCGGCAGCAGGCUCUGUUUGGGCUGGAGCAAGUGUCACUGCGGAAUACGGCGCUAUACGAGAACUGCCCAGUGAAGGAGGACGCGCUCACCAGCCAGCCCUGCCCCGUGUACUCCCUCCUGUUCCGAACACUGGAUGGCACUUGCAACAACCCAGACAACCCGGAGUGGGGCGCCGCCUUCAGGCCCUUCGCUCGCUUCCUGCCGCCAGACUACAGUGACGGCAUCGAGGCCCUGCGGCAGAGUGUGCACGGCGGGACUUUACCUAACGCGCGACUCAUCAGUGACACCGUGCACCGGCCGCUCAACAGACCCUCCUACCACAUUACUAUGAUGGUGAUGCAGUGGGGACAGUUCCUCGACCAUGAUCUGACGGCCACAGCACAGAGUCGCGGUUUCAACCACAGCGUGCCCAAGUGUUGCAACGAUGAGGACGGAACCCCGCUCCCUCAGAACUUCAGGCACCCAGACUGCCUGCCCAUCGUCAUUCCUUCCACCGAUCCCUUCUACUCGCAAUGGAACCACACCUGCAUGGAGUUCGUGCGCUCCUCACCUGCGCCGAGACCCAACUGUGCACUAGGACCCCGAGACCAGAUUAACCAGGUGACAUCUUUCCUGGACGCUUCCAAUGUUUACGGAUCAGAUGACCAAGAAAUGGCUCAGCUGCGUCUUUGGGAGGACGGAAUGCUCAAGUACAAGCCAGUGAGGUUCAGGAAGCCGCUGCUGCCUCCGCUGGACCACUUCAUCGAGGGGGAAUGCCGCGAAAACUCCAGAAACUUACACUGCUUCCAGGCGGGAGACAUAAGGGUGAACGAACAGCCAGCCCUGACCAGUAUGCACACGGUGUGGCUGCGUGAACACAACCGCCUGGUCACCCUCCUGAAGGAAAUCAACCCGCACUGGAACGACGACCGGCUGUUCUUCGAGGCGCGCAAGAUUGUGGGCGCAGUGAUGCAGCGAAUCACCUAUGGGGAGUGGUUGCCGGUGGUGCUGGGUCCAGCCGUCAUGAAGGUGUUUCGGCUGCCGUUACAGAGGUACGGCUACUACAGAGGUUACCGCGGCACCACCAACCCCACCGCCACCAAUGCCUUUGCCGCAGCUGCCUUUCGCUUCGGCCACAGCCUUGUCCAGCACACACUGAUGCGCUGCGACAAGACAGGGAGACGCUUGCCAUUCACCAUCAAACUCCACGAGGAACUGAUGAACCCCUCCAACAUCCACAACUUCGGCAGCGUGGACCGUCUCAUCCUCGGCCUCGCCUUUGAAAUGUCACAGGGACGGGACGUGUACAUGACCAACGAGCUCACCAGGCACCUCUUCCAAACACCAGGCCACCACUACGGCAUGGACCUGGCGUCACUCAACAUCCAGCGCGGCAGGGACCACGGGCUGCCCUCCUACAACAUCUGGCGAGAACAAUGCGGCCUCCACAGGUUCACUAACUGGGGCGAGCUGCUGCAGGUGAUGGAUGACGACACGGUGGGGAGACUAGCCGCAGUGUAUAGACACGUGGAUGACAUUGACCUGUUCCCCGGUGGCCUCGCGGAGAAGCCUGUCAUCCGUGGCCUCGUGGGACCCACCUUCGCCUGCAUCCUCGGCCAGCAAUUCCUCAACUUAAGACGUGGUGAUCGCUUCUGGUUCGAGAACGGAGGCUUCGCGUCCUCCUUCACGCCCCAGCAACUGCGGGAGAUACGCAAGGUGACGCUGGCAAGAGUUCUGUGCGACAAUCUGGACGACGUGGACGACCUGCAGCCCAACGUGUUCCGCCCCGUGACGGACAACGGCAGGAACGCCAAGGCUUCGUGCUUUGAGGAGGGCAUCGCCUACAUGGACAUCAGGGUGUGGCGUGACCCAGGACCAGUCUUUUACUCCGCUGCCGCCAACACCUCCGAGGUCCCCAUCUCCCAAACUGACAGCGACACCUACACUUAUCCGGAGGAGCCCAGCGAGGAGGAACUGUCCGGCCUGUCUGAGGAGGAGCUUUUCUUCCUGGAGGACGAGGCAAACUUCACCCCGCUAAACGAGACACAACUGCAGGAACUUUACUCCCACGAGCUGCCAAGACCCUUCGAGGAGCUGGACGACAAGACAGGGAAAGAGGGCGAGACACCACAAGGCUACUCAGAUUGGCACCCGAGUCUGGCUAAACUCACGCAGCACAAUUUCCACAACGUGAUUCAACAUGCUUAUUCCGACACGCUAUUCUACGGCCGCGGUAAGAGAGAGAGAAGAGACGGGUAAAGCAACGUCCCACCAGUGCCACACCCGCACACUGUACAAAACUAAUGAGAUGCACGUCACGCCAUGCUAAGAACACAAGAACGUAAGAAAAUAAAUAAAUGGAAGCUGCAAAAAAAAGACAGACCUACGAUAUGCAAGAAGGUUCCUGUGUAAGGUAAUACGUGUUGAAAAGAGUGUGUAGGAUAGUCUGCUUUGCGAAUUUCCCUGUAUCAAGCUAAAGGAACAUGCAGAUAAAGUGAGACAGAGAGAUAAAAAUAAUGUUGCUUUUCUUUUUUAGGAGAUGAUGAUGCUAUGUAGAAAAAUACAUUGAAUCUGUUAUUAUAUUCACCACUACCCAUACAUCAAGGCCCAGAAGUACGUAGAAAAAUACUAAACAUUGCUACUUAGAUAAUCUGAAGGAAUAAUGCCAAGAAAAGAUUAUUGUAUACACGACGAAUUGUUAUGAUGGAAUACAGGGCGCGAAGAAAGGAAAAACUCCUCAGCGCGGCUCCCUCACCUUCCCUCGUCCUCUGUACAGUCCCUCCCCUCUGAUUCCUUCUCUUUCCCAUCCCGACUCCCCUUUUGCUCCCCCAACCGUACUGUUAAAUAUUUAUAUAGGUAGCCUGAUAGCGGCCCAUCCUGAUGUGUUGCGUGCCCAUGACAACCUAUCUUUGUUGCGUUAUUUUUUUCGUUUUUAUAAUUAGGAUAGAAAAAAAAUAACUAUAUCUAUAUUUUUAGGUCCCUCGAAUGACUUAGCGCAAAUCUUCCUAUUUAUGUACGAGUUAUUGACUGCACUUUGUUAAAUAAAUCAUGUUAUGA